AUGAAUAAUAUUGAAGCACAAAAUUAUAAAUAUACUGACUUUCCAGUAUAUUAUACUUGGAAUGCAAAACUUCACAAGUGGAAUCGUAGAAAAAAUGCAACAGGAGCAAUAGGAAGGCUAUAUAUGGUUCAACCUAUAGAAGGUAAACGAUAUUACUUACGAAUAUUACUUACACACAUAACAGGUGCUACUUCAUUUGAUAAUUUAAAAACUGUUAAUAAACAGAUUUGCAGAACCUUUAAAGAAGCUUGCACUUGCCUUGGACUUCUUCAAAAUGAUAAUGAAUGGAAUACAUGUCUAUAUGAAGCAAGUAAUAUGCAAAUAGGAAAGCAAUUACGUCACCUUUUUGUUAUGAUUCUUCUUAUGUGCCAAACUUUAACACCAGAACAAUUAUGGAAUACUCAUAAAUUAGUAUUAUGUGAAGAUAUUUUAUAUAAUACACAGCAACUUACUCCUUCACAAACUAUAAUAUUAAAUGAUACAAUAGAAAAUGAAGCAUUAAACCAAAUAGAACAUUAUCUUCAAUCAAACAGAAUGUCGCUAAAAAAUUUUCCUCAUAUGCCAAUUCUUUCAAUACAAAAUAUUCAUUCUAACUUUGCUAAUAAUAAUUUAGAUCAAUUAAUUUAUGAAAAAAGAUCAUAUGAUACCAUUUAUUUGAUAAAACAACAUUCAAUAUAUAACAAAAUUAUCCAAGUAAUUAAUAAUGAAUGUGAAAAUAUAAUAACACUUCCUUCAGAUAUAACAAUACAUAAAGGAACUCUAACAAACCUAAUUGAUUUUGUUUAUCCAGAUUUGAUUGAAAAUUCUGGCAAUGCUAAUUAUAUGGUUAGCAAAGCAAUCUUAACUCCUAAAAAUAUUAAUGUUAAAAUUAUUUCAAAUAUUAUAAUGAGAAGAAUACCUGGUGAAGUUAUUUUAUAUCCCAGUGCUGAUUUAAUCUUUAAAAAUUCCUGA